AUGUUUUUCGCUGGGCAAUCUAGGAAGCAGGAAUCGCGGGACCCACAUUGUAUUCAUCAGAAAGUUCUCUUAGACGCUCAAAAGUCGGGCGUAAUUUCUUUAAAUAGUCGUGGUCUUUCCUAUGUUCCACCCGUUGUUUGGACUCUAAAUCGUCCCUUGCCUCCUAAGGAAAAUGCCGUUAGCUUUGAAUCCGCCGGUGACGACACGAGAUGGUGGGAAAUGGAGCCAAUCCAGCGCCUGAAUUUGUCGGCGAACACCAUAAAAGAACUGCCCGGGCCGGGACUCGCACAGCUGGACACUUUGGUCAGCCUUGACGUCCGUGAUAAUGAAUUGACUACCCUACCCGAGGAAAUCGCUCUCCUCACACAGCUAAAGCAACUUUUUUUGAGCUCCAACAAACUCACGUGUCUGCCAGGCGCUCUGUCGCAGCUGCACGGCCUUGUUUUGCUGGAUGCUGCGCACAAUCUGCUCACGGAACUACCCUCAGGCCUAGAGGCUCUUGUGGACCUGGAAAAACUUGAUGUAUCGGAUAAUCGACUGGCCCAGCUUCCACUACUCCUGCCGCCAAAAUUGAUCUCGUUAAAAGUCAAUCAGAAUCGAUUGGUCCGACUCCCCGAAGGUCUCCUUCAGUCGUGUCAAAGCGAUAAUAAGAUAGACGAGUUCAGUCUGGUCAACCUGGCAGGUCUGGGUGAACUCGCGAUCCUUGAUCUGAGUCGAAAUCGCAUCCCCGCGAUACCUCUAGGCAUUCCAGAAUCGCUGCCUGCCCUUUCGCGUCUCGAUCUGUCCAACAAUGAUCUCAAGAGCAUUCCAACUGAACUCGGCUUCAUGGAGUCGUUGAAUGUGCUGUCGUUGUGCGGCAACCCUUUCCGCUCGGUGCCACAGAAUGUGCUAUCGUCGGGCACUCAGGCGUUGAAAGCUCUCCUGCGUGAUCGUCACCAGGCCGACACUGCGCCGCCUCCCCCCGCCUUCUCACGCUCCCCCACUGGCAGUCCUGACGUUCCCGCCACUGCAGACGAUCCAUCCACCCUGAAUUACGCCGACCUGCCUGCCGUAAACACUUCCUCCAUUCUCGACUGGAGCUGCUCCAGGAACCUCGGUGCAAAGCGAAUUGGGCACGUGGCGGCGAAUCUGAGAGAGGAACUGCCGCCAUUGGAUGACCCGGUGGUGUGGCGAGCCGUCGCGUUAAGAGGCUGCGGUAGUAAUGCCGUGGUGAAGACGCUCAACUUGCUCUGGCGCCAACUCGACACCUUCCCGAUGGGGAUAAUGGCAUUUCGAGAGAGCCUGACUAGCCUCAAUCUCUCCCACAACCGUUUAACUCACCUCCCCGAUGAAAUUGGUCGGCUUUCCAGGUUGGAAGAACUCAAUGUAAGCAACAAUUGCCUGAAUUCCCUACCACAGACCCUCACUGCCCUCGCGGCCCUUCAAACUCUCGUGCUGGACUUCAACGCAGGUCUUGGACCUCAGCUACCAGCAGAGACACUGUUCAGGGCGCCGCUGACGCAGUCUUUGGUCAAUCUCUCGGCACGAAGCUGCCGACUGACGCAGCUUCCACCGGCGUCCAUGCUUUCGCCUGAAUCCAUGCCUGCUCUGCGUUCUCUCGACGUCUCAGAGAACGACAUUUCUACGCUAGAGCCCAGGCUCGACGCCAUCUUGGAGCAGGUUUGCAGAGUUUUUGAAAUGAACCAGUCAACCAAUAAGCUUGGUCCAAUUACAGUGGAAUCGUCCUCCCGUCCAAUCACAUCGCUCUCUUCAUCCUGUUCUUACCUGCACUCUGAGCAGCCCCUAUCGCGACGCCUUCUGCCAUCGCACAGUCAACCGCCAUCCGGAAAACAGGGCAGAUUCCCACAAUCGCCGAUGCGUCUGACUGCUUCUUUAGUUGUAAACGCACAGAGGCACACACUUCCUUGUGGACGUUUUCUUCUCUUAACCAUUAGAAACCUCCAGGUGAUGGGCAACACCUUCAGGGUCCCACGACCAGCCGUGGUGGCGAAGGGCACCGCGGCCCUCAUGGAGUAUCUUCGCUCCAGAAUCGCCGAAUAA